GAAGGAAGCCAGGCUGCUUUUCGCCAUCGCGGCGCCUCGUCGCCCCAGCGACCGCGGAGACCUCCCUGCUCUCGCGAGACUAGCGCCGAAGCAUCGCGGCGACGAGAAAGAGAGCGGGAAGAGGCCAGAGCGGCACCAGCGGCCGAGCCGGCGCUUCCCGUACCUCCUCACGCCGGCCACAUAGACUGAGUGACGAAAAACUUUCAGAAGACUGCCCUGCGGCUCGCUCCCGAGUUCCCCCCCUUGCUUUCCAAAGAAAUCCAAAAAGCCACUUUCUCAAACUCUGGCAUUACUGCAGGUUAGACCUGCUGUUUUGUUUGUAUUCCUCAUUGCCUGCUUGGUGUUGCUACUGUUGAACACUGAAACCUGUGCUGUGUGUAGCACACUUUUGUGGCCUUAAAAAACGAGCAGGUUUGUUUCAGUCCUAGCUCUCCCAGAUUGCAGUCUACUUCUGGAAAGCCUCGCAUGAGUUCAUGGGCACAGUGCCUGCAGUGGUCAGCCCAUAUGACAACAGGAAUCUCCAUGGCUAUCACCUCGUCCAGGCCAUGCGGUUCGCUGUGGAGGAGAUCAACAACUCCAGCUGCCUCCUGCCCAACCUCACUCUGGGCUAUGAAAUCUACGACAGCUGCACCUCCUCGACCAACAUGUACGCCACGCUGAGCCUGCUGUCCAAGGACCGAGAAGGCUGCAUCGGUCAUCAGCAGGUGGAAGUCAGCUAUGAAGCCACCAGCACAGCACUGAGCAACAAGCGCCUGUAUCCCUCCUUCUUGCGCACCGUCCCCACUAACUAUGUGCAGUCUUGUGCCUUGAUACACCUGUUGGAAGCCUUCAACUGGACAUGGGUGGCCGUGGUGGCCAGCAACAACAACUAUGGCAUACAGGGCUUGCAGAAGCUUCAUGAAAGGAGUGCCAGGGUGGGCAUCUGCAUUGCCUAUCAAGGGAUCCUUCCUGCCGAACCCGAUGCCAACCGUUCUGAACUCAGCACGAUUGUGCACAAUUUGGUGAGUGCUGGUGCCAGUGUGACCAUUGUCUAUGCCAACAGGCAGAGCAUCGGAUCUUUCUUCCAGGAGGUGAUUCGGCUGAAUGUGACUGGAAAGGUAUGGCUGGGCACAGAGGACUGGUCACUGGCCUCAGAUAUCUCGAUGAUCCAUGGAAUCCGUGACAUCGGCACAGUCAUUGGUGUGGCACUCAAGGAAGCCCACCAGUUGGGAAUGAAGGCAUUUGAAGCAGCUCUUGUCGGGUGUAAGGAAGCCACGGGUGGGCUGAAUGAUAUUGGCAGCGCCAGGAGCUCCUGCCAGCAUUGUAGGGAAGCAUGCAGCCAGCUCUGUACCCAGUUUUGCAGGCCAGAUGAAUGGGAGCCAUCGCACAGUGGAUUGGAGAUAUCACCCCGUGAUUCUCGGGCAAUUUUCAAUGUCUACUCUGCUGUUUAUACUGUCGCCCAUGGCCUGCAUCGCCUGCUGGACUGCCAAACAGGGGAAUGCCGCAAAGACACAAUCUAUCCUUGGCAGGUUCCAGUCUCAGUAUGUUCCCUUGACUGCGGUCCAGGUGAGGAGAAGAUACAACAGGGGACCCAACGGUGCUGUUUCCACUGCCUGCCUUGUUCAUCGGGGACCUUCCUGAACAAAAGCAGUUUCUCCACUUGCCAGAAGUGCAAGGAAGAUCAGUGGUCCCCUGCCGGAAGCGAGGCCUGUUUUGAUCGCUCCGUCGAGUUCCUGGCAUGGGACGAACGGGUCUCCUUGGUCCUUCUGACCUGCAUUAGCCUGGGGCUUCUGCUGAUGGUCGGGACCGGGGCCCUCUUUAUAUGGCACCUGCAGACACCGGUUGUGAAGUCAGCUGGCGGCUGGCUGGCGGUAGUGAUGCUCUGCUCUCUGGCCUGCGCCAGCUUCAGCCUCUACGCCUCCUUUGGGGUUCCCAGCAAACUCAGCUGUCUCUCGAGGACUCCUUUGUUUAACGUCAGCUUUGCCAUUUGCCUUUCCUGUAUGGCAGCUCGAUCUUUCCAAAUCGUCAUCAUCUUCAAGAUGGCCACCAAGACCCCGGGCCUGUUGGAGGCCUGGAGGAGGCACCAUGGGUCAAGUGUCUUGAUAGGAAGUCUCACAGCUGUGCAGGGGGUGAUAACCUUGAUGCACCUGAGCAUCCGAACGCCCGUUCCGCAGAAGAACUAUGAUGCCUAUGACAAUGUGACUGUCCUAGAGUGUAGUGUAGGUGACUCCACACUCUGUCUAAGCGGGUUGCUCUAUAACACUCUCUUGGGGAUUUCUUGCUUCGUGAUCAGUUACAUGGGGAAAGACCUUCCUAGCAGCUACAAUGAGGCCAAAUGCAUCACUUUCAGCCUCCUCAUCUACUUUGCCUCUCUUGUGACUUAUUCUGUCACACGCAGCAUUGACACAGGACAGAAACUCUUGACCAUGUAUGUAGUCUCCCACUUCACCUCCCUGUGCGGCAUCUUUGGGAAUUACUUUGUCCCCAAGGUCUACAUCAUCCUUUUUCACUCUGAACGGAACACUAGCGAACACUUCCAGAUGUCCAUCCAGAGUUACACCAAACGGAUCAAUGCAGCAGGCUGAGUGGCAGGAGGCUGCUUUGUGUUGGAGUGGCAGGGUCUGUUUGGCUGAGUGGUGGAGGUUGGGAGUUAGGCCAGAUCCACCAGGUGAAAAGGGGAAUGUAUGGUGCUGAGGAAGAAAAUUCCUACAGUUUCAUGAUUGAUAAGGAAAGAAAAUCCCCCUUUUCAGGAGAAAUUGGGAAAUGCUCUCUGACAGCCCACCACUACCAAGUAUACAAGCUUCAUCUUGUUGUUGUUAUUUAUAUUCUCCUCCUUCUUCUGGUUCAGAGUGCAUGACGUUCCAGUGCCAUUGCAGAACAGCUUUGUCAUGUCAAGAAGGUCUAGGUAUUGUGGGGGAUGAUGACUUUUCCCUUGCAUCCAAGUUGCUAGUGUUAGGCUUCCAUUCAGGCCUUUAGUGCCCAUUCUCAGGCUGAGUCUGUUAGAAUAUGACUUAGCUUUACAGCUCUGCUUCUCUUCUUCUGAUCUCUGCUUUGACUUGGCAGAUGAUUGUCUUGGAAUGGUAUGUAUUUAUCUCUGCUGUACCAGCCAAAGCCAUUAAUUUUAAAUACCCAGUCUUGGGAAACUAGGAGGUAUCACUUUGUUCAUUAGUGAAGUGCUUUGAAUACAUCUGUGUCGUCAUUUCUGCCAGUUAGUAAGAUAUGUUAUUAGGAUUCUUCUUCAUUUUAACUCUUAAAGUAUAACCACAUGUUUAAAACUUUAGAAAAUGUAUGUACUAAAACAGCCAGUGUAAUUUCCCUAUGCUUAUCCCUUAUAGUACUACUAAGCCAAAUGUAUUAUGGGUAACAGCCAUUAUCUACAAAGCUGAAGGCACACAGGCAUUUUUGUAUCUCUAUUGCUAACAAGGUCUUAUAGAACAGUUGACACAAGCAUUCCACUCUUUGGAUCAAGAGGGCAAAGACAUUCCACCAGAGAAAGUACAGUACCAGGUAAAUUGUAUCUUUCAUGUUGGGCAGACAAGCCAGAUGCC